CCUAAGGUAAGGCAGGUAUAUCAUAGGUACCUAGGUAUCUAUAGAUGUACCUACGUUGUAGUGGGCCUCUAACCCACGCUCACCUUCGCGCCUUGCCGUUCUAGAGACGCGUCUUCCACUAAAUACUUAACCUCUAGACAGCUUCAACUCUUGAAAAGCCCCGGCUGCCUCUACCAAAAGACCACCCAGACGCUGCUCCUAACCAACUCGCCCGCUCGUUCCCUGCACCUAUCCUACCCAAGUUUAUAGGUUAUAACCCAGUGCGACCAGCCAGUCAAAUCGGACUCAAGUAUCUCCAUUUCUUCCGUACCGAGCGCAAAACAGCUAGCUCCCCUCCCUAGGGCAGUUCCUAUCCCCCUCUCGCACUUGCUCGAGUCCCUCCCUCCGUCAUCGGCCAUGGAAGACAUACAGAUGGACGACGGCAACGCCGACCUCGAUACCCCAGCAUCCGACGUAUUCGUCCCUCCCUCCAUCCAGCGACCUGCCACACUGGCCGGCGACUCCUACACCUACUUCUCUCCCGUCCCUCCUUCUCUCCUCGGCAACGCCGAGCCUUCGACGACUGAAUCUCCCGACCCCUCGCCCGCCUCGCAAGACCCGGCGCCGGCGAGCCUGCCCUGUGUCCUCGGAGUGGAUGAGGCUGGGCGGGGCCCCGUCCUAGGGCCCAUGGUGUAUGGGGUGUUCUACCUGCCGCUCUCGCUCUCGGACGCGCUCCUCCGCGAGACCCCGGAGCACCGGUUCGACGACUCCAAGGUCCUGACGCCGGCGGUGCGCUCCGCGCUCAUGCGGACGCUGUGCGCCCCGGGGUCCGCCCUGCACGCCUCCUGCAGCUGGGCCGUGUCGUGCCUGUCCGCGCGCGACAUCGGCGCCAACAUGCAGCGCCCCGCCGCCGCCGCCCCCUACAACCUCAACGCCCAGGCCCUCGACGCCACCGUCGACCUCAUCCGCGGCGUCCUCGCCCGCGGCGUCAACGUCCGCGAGAUCUACGUCGACACCGUCGGCCCCCCCGCCACCCACCAGGCCAAGCUGGCCCGCCUCUUCCCCAACGUCAACAUCACCGUCGCGAAGAAGGCCGACAGCAUAUACCCCUGCGUCAGCGCCGCUAGCGUCUGCGCCAAGGUCACGCGCGACGCCGCCCUCGAAGUCCUGUACGAGGAUCGCAUCGCCCAAGGCCCCGGUGCGCCUCGCCAUAGGAGUGCUCCCGGCGGCGGUAAUGAUGAUGACAACGCCGAGAAGGAACCGGAAGCGGAGAAUAAAGAGCUGAGUUGGGGCUCCGGGUAUCCCUCCGACCCGCGCUGCGUCACCUGGCUGAGGAGAAACAUGCAUCCCGUCUUCGGCUGGGGACCCGAGUGUAGAUUCAGCUGGGGAACUGCCAAGGAUAUGUUGGAAACGAGGGGUGGCGUCAAAGUGGAGUGGCCGGCGGACGAAGAGGAUGGGACCAGUCGGCUUACCGACUUCUUCGUCGGGGGCGACAGGGAGAAGGAGGCCGACGAGUUAGGCAACUGGUUUGGCACUCCGACAGGUCUCGAGGCCUUCUAACUACGACAUAUUGCUGUACACAUAGCUUGCACAUAUAUAACACGCGCCGGGGUUAACAUCGUGCCGUUUCCGGCAUGCUAGAA